AUGUUGUUUUUGGCAUUGCCGCAUUUCAUCUGUCUUGUUGGCGCGCUGCAGCUUCUGCCACCCGUCUCAUCAGACUACAGCAAUACUAGUGACCUCGGUUUCUCAAUCAGCUCACAUGCAAGGAAGAUAUAUAUCGACAAACGCUUUGCUGGUAAAAGAGACUCAGAAGGUCUAACUCUCAUACCGCCAUCCGCUUAUGAAUUCGCUGAUACAUUUCGCGCUGACCUUUCGUCGCUUUUCGGUGGUUCUUGGAUUUUGGAGCAAGUAGACGACUUUCCUCCCACUGGUAUUCAUCUCGGCCCUAUUCACGAUAGCAAUAACUCAUUGGCGUAUGAGAAUGGUCAACCUACAGAAGAAGGAUACGAGCUUGAUGUCACCAAUGGUAGUGUGUACAUAGGCGGGACUGGUGCGAGGGGCAUGUUUUGGGGAACACGCACUCUAUUGCAAGAGCUGCUGAUCGGAAAUGGAUCUCUUGCGACGGGCCGGGUAGUUGAUGCGCCCGCAUACAGCACACGAGGGUUUAUGCUCGAUGCAGGUCGCAAAUGGUACGAUAAAAAAUUUCUCAGAGAGCUCUGCACAUAUGCCUCGUUCUUCAAAAUCUCCGAGUUCCAUUACCACUCUAGCGAUAACUAUCCCCUAAAUAGGGGGCAUAACGAGACCUGGCAAGAUGUGUUCUCGCACUUCUCGCUGUUUCCGGAAGAAAAAUCAGAGCUGCAGGGCAUUAUCCAGCGCCCGAACGAGACGCUGUCACGCGCCGACUUCGAAGACUUUCAAGAACAUUGCGCACAACGUGGCGUCACUGUCAUUCCCGAGAUCGAAGUUCCAGGCCAUGCUCUAGCAAUUACAAAGUGGAAGCCUGAGUUAGCGUUAGCAAAGAAGGAUCUCCUGAACCUGAGCCACCCCGAUGCCAUUCCCACUGUCAAAGCAAUUUGGUCGGAAUUUCUACCAUGGUUUCACACAAAGGAAAUUCACAUUGGCGCAGACGAGUAUGAUCCUGACCUGGCGGACGACUACAUCAACUUUGUCAAUGAGAUGUCCAAUUUCAUUAACAGCACUUCCGGCAAGCGUGUACGUAUAUGGGGUACUUAUGAGCCAUCCGAGAAUCUCACCAUCUCGAAAGAUGUCAUCAUACAACACUGGCAGUACGGACAAUCAGAUCCUCUUGAGCUCCAGCAUGACGAAUAUAACAUCAUCAACUCCGAGGACUGGUGGGCUUAUAUGAGCCUCAAGAAUGAUCAUAUGCCCAUCCUACCAGCGCCGUACCCCCAAUUCUACAACGUUACGCGCACGAUGAACUUUGCCAAUGUACCGAGCUGGCAAUGGGAGCCGUCUCUUUACAACCCAGUCAACACUACAGAGCAGGUUCAGCCCGGUGCUAGCGGCAACAAGGGUGCUAUUCUCGCAGCUUGGAAUGACAAUGGCCCGGAUGCGACUACCCAACUUGAAGCCUACUACGCGAUGCGUGAUGGUAUACCUGUCAUGGCGGCGCGUGCAUGGGCUGGUGCGCGAGGUGCAAAGAUUGACUCGGACGAAUUACUGGACAGCGUUACGUUCUUGGCAGCUAGGGCACCCGGACAGAACCUCGAUCGUCGUUUCAAUAGCGCGCAAGUAGAUUUGCAAGGCUCAACGUUAUUAUCGUGGACGCAAGCCUCUACUGAUAAUAGCACCGCGACGCCAGAUAUCGGCUCUUAUGGACCACCGUACACGCUUACCCUGGACAUAUCCUCACCCUUCACCCUGUCUAGCCCUGAUACUUCGUUAUCUCUAAGCAAUAUUUUCAGGAACUCCAGUGGCAGCACUGCAACACUUAUGUUCACCACUGCCGAUGGCUUCGAAUACCCUCUACGGUCCGUGUCUCCUAGUGAUGGCUUCGAUCUUGGCCAUCCAGGUCGCAUAUGGACGAACCAGUCGACAUCCUCCCACGAGAUCGUGCCUAUUACCCUCCCAGCUAGGUUACGCAUCGAGACUGAUGUAGUGAAUGGCAGUCGCGUUUGGGUUAACAAUACAUUCGCCGGACGGUUUGAAGUGUUCGUAUUUGGGGGACGCAACACGCUCUUCAGCUGGAGCCAGAUGGCUCUCGUUGCGCCGCUAGACUUAUUAGAGGGUGGCGUUGAUAGUCUGACGCUUCAGGCUGGCGUUCAAUUGGGUUCGUCGCAGUACGGUGAGGGCAGAUAUGCAGGGUCAUCCGCGAAUCUCAUUCACAACGAUGCGCAGUCUUCUUCCUCAGUCCUCAACGCCAGGCCAAAGUACCAAUGA